AUGGUCUCUCUUUCAAACCUCUUCGUGGCUGCCUGCGCAGCUGUGAGCGCUUUUGCGCUCCCCAGCGACUUGGAAAAGCGAGAAAGCAUCACCGAUAGCGAGCAAGGAACGAACAAUGGCUAUUUCUAUUCCUUCUGGACCAACGGGGGUGGCAGUGUUUCUUACACCAACGGUGCUUCGGGUCAAUACAGCGUAAGCUGGACAAACUGUGGAUCCUUUACCUCCGGUAAAGGCUGGGCUACUGGCACUUCUCGGAACAUCAACUUCUCCGGCUCCUUCAACCCCUCGGGUAACGCUUACCUCGCUGUCUACGGCUGGACGACGAGCCCUCUUGUCGAAUAUUACAUCUUGGAGAGUUAUGGGACCUAUAACCCCUCUAGCAGCCUGACUUACAAAGGAACCGUGACCAGCGACGGAUCUGUCUACGACAUCUACACCCACCAGCAGGUGAACCAGCCCUCCAUUGUCGGAACUGCAACCUUCGAUCAGUACUGGUCAAUUCGUCGAACCAAGCGCACUAGCGGAACAGUCACAACCGCCAACCAUUUCAACGCUUGGGCUUCUCUUGGAAUGAGCCUUGGCUCCCAUAACUAUCAAAUCGUUAACACUGAGGGAUACGAGAGCAGUGGAUCAUCAACCAUCACAGUGUCAUGA